AUGAUAAACUCUACACAGGUUUCAUAUUUCAUACUUUCUGCCUAUUUUGACACCGGAGGUUUUAAAUACUUAUAUUUCUUGCUGAUUUUGUCUUUAUAUGUGUUCAUAGUGUGUGCCAAUGUGCUGCUGAUUGUGGUUAUCUGUGUGAACAGGAGCUUACAUGAACCUAUGUACCUUUUUCUGGUCAGCCUGUUUGUAAAUGAACUGUAUGGUAGUACAGGGUUGUUUCCAUUCCUUCUGGUUCAGAUCCUCUCUGACAUUCACACUGUUUCUGCUCCCUUCUGUUUCCUGCAGAUUUUCUGGUUGAACUCUUAUGGAGGUAUUGAAUGUUUGGUCUUAGCCAUCAUGUCUUAUGACAGAUAUCUUGCUAUCUGUUAUCCUCUGCAGUAUCACACUCAUAUGACCUCUAAAAAGGUUGCCGUGCUUAUUGCUCUAACAUGGUUGUACUCUUUACUUAGAUAUGUUUUGACUAUCUCUCUUAUGACUGCUCCUUUACAGCUGUGUGGAAACAUUAUUAACAAAGUGUACUGUGACAGCUAUAAUGUUGUCAAGCUGGCCUGCUCUGAUACAACAGCCAAUAACAUUUUUGGACUUGUGUACAUAUUUACAGUAAUCUUUGGUUUUAUAAUCCUAAUUCUUUUCUCCUACAUGAGGAUCCUUAAAGUGUGUUUUUCUGGUUCUAGACAGACCAGACAGAAAGCUCUCAGUACCUGCACACCUCACCUUUUGUCCCUGCUGAACUUUUCCUUUGGAGGUUUCUUUGAAUUAAUACAGAGCAGGUUUGAUACGAACUAUUUACCCAAUAUGUUGCGUAUUUUUCUGUCAUUGUACUGGCUUACAUGCCAACCACUCAUCAACCCUUUACUGUACGGACUGCAAAUGUCCAAAAUACGCAUUGUAUGUAGAGAUCUGCUUGUUGGGUGCUGGACAGCCAACAUCACAGCUGUCACCAAGAAGGCCCAGCAGCAACUACACUUCCUCAUGGUCCUCAGGAACCAGGACUCCAACCUGCUGCUGACUUUCUACCGCCCGUCCAUUGAGAGCCUGCUGACCUGCUGA